AUAAUACUUUUUCAAAAAUUGCAGAGUAUAUUUGAGUACGUACUAACAAAUUUCAUUUUUCAAACUCUUCCGUUAUCCUACUGUGCACAACAAUAACAGAACCCUCAUAGCAUCGAGAGCCUAAAGUGAAAUUCUGAUCUACUCUUAAGAGGGUCACCCUAUUCAGAAAGCUAUUUUCCAAAGAUUACAUUAAACAAUAAAAGACUCAAUCGAUUCAUUUCUAUUUUCAUGUAAAAUGUGAUUUAUUUUGUAUAAGCUUUUGUAUAAGCAACCUAGGUUAGAUUACGGAAAACAUUAAUAGGUUAGGUUAGAUUCAGGUUGUGAACGUUUUUAUAGGUUAGAUUAGAGGUUGGCAAAAAGUCGUAACCUGCAGGACUCUAUCUAGCAGCUCUUAAAUGUUUAUCGUGUAAAUAUGAAUAACAUUUUUAAUAACGUUUUUGAUAUAAUCUUUUCUACGUUUUAGAAAGUCGUCCACAAAUAUCCGGUGAUUAUUCAUCGUCGGCUCAAACUCCCACAUCUCUUUUAGCCAAGAAGAAACGUGUUCAUUUACACUUCUCUGACGAACAAGUCAUAUCCAGAAUAGAUCAAGAAAAUAAAGGUUUACUAAGACAAUUGAUUAAUGGUAGUAAUCGACAUCACCAUUAUCCACAUAUAGCUGAAACCUAUAGUCGACGAGCAAGAAUAACAUCAUCGGCUGUGAACAGACAAAAAGAACAACAACGAAUUGAGAAAGAGAAUAUGAAAAUAUUAAAUCGUUUGCAGCAGACGCGUUCUACAAAAAGUUUGAAUCGAGAUGAGUUACUCUCCGAAUAUGGUCGACAAAUUGGCUAUGUGUCUGUUAGUAGUUCACCCAGCGGAAAAUCGACUCCGGUUCAAACUGACACAUCUUCUCGUUCGUACAGUCGACCAAAUAGCGCUUCGAUUUUCUAUUCACGUGUUAAAUCUGCACAUCAAUUGCAACCCUCGACAAAUACAUACAAAAAUCCAUUGUUCAACUCAUACGUACAUCCGCGUGCACCAUCAUCAACGUCAAAUUUGACGAGUAUGGCUGGAUCACGACCAAACUCUGCCACAUGCGUUCCAUCUGAUCGUAGACAUAGUCAAAGAAGCAGUCGAGCAUCGUCGGCAAGAAGACGACCAACAUGGAAUGACCGAUGGCAACAUGAGUAA